UUUGGCUUUGCAGAAAUUCCUACAGAUGAUAAUUUUGAGGAAAAUGGUGUUAUUGUGUUAACAGAUGAAAACUUUGAAAGUUUUGUUGCUGAUCAGGACACUGUGCUUUUGGAAUUUUAUGCUCCCUGGUGUGGUCACUGCAAGCAGUUUGCUUCUGAAUAUGAAAACAUUGCAAAGACACUAAAGGACAAUGAUCCACCGAUACCAGUUGUAAAAAUAGAUGCUACAGCAGCAUCCAAGCUUGCUGAAAAAUAUGACAUUAGUGGUUAUCCUACAAUUAAAAUUCUAAAGAAAGGUCAGACUAUUGAUUAUGAUGGUCCUCGAACAGAAAAGGCGAUCGUGGAAAAAGUAAGAGAGAUAUCCCACCCAGACUGGAAAUUGCCUCCUGAAGCAACAAUUGUUUUAACUGGAGACAACUUUAAUGAAGUUGUGGACAAUGCAGAUAUUAUUCUAGUCGAAUUUUAUGCACCCUGGUGUGGACAUUGUAAGAAGCUUGCCCCUGAAUAUGAGAAAGCUGCACAGGAAUUAAGUAAGCGCACACCAGCUAUAACUUUGGCAAAGGUUGAUGCUACAGUUGAAACAGAACUCGCAAAGAGCUAUAAGGUAACGGGAUACCCCACACUGAAGAUUUUUCGCAAGGGCAAAGCAUUUGAUUACAAUGGGCCUAGAGAAAAAUACGGUAUAAUUGAUUACAUUACUGAACAAGCUGGUCCACCAUCUAAACAAGUUCAGGCUAUUAAACAAGUACAGGAGCAUUUGAAAGAUGGAGAUGAUGUUGUAGUCCUUGGAGUUUUCAGCGAUAACCAAAAGAGAGAAUUUGAACUCUAUCAGGAUACAGCUAAUGCUCUAAGGGAGGACUUUAAGUUGUAUCAUACCUUCAGCACAGACGUUGCAAACUUUCUUAAAGUGCCAGCUGGACAAAUAGUUGUCAUGCACCCUGAACGAUUUCAAUCAAAAUACGAGCCGAAAAUGUACAGUUUUAUGAUCCAGGAUACAAUAACAGAAGAAAACAUUAAAGACUAUAUCCAUAAGCAUGCUUUGCCUUUGGUUGGCCACAGAACCCAUGCUAAUGACAAUAAAAGAUAUACAAAGCGCCCACUUUUUGUUGUUUAUUACACAGUAGAUUUCAGCUUUGACCAUCGCACUGCAACCCAGUACUGGAGAAAUAAAGUCUUGAAUAUUGCAAAAGAUUUUCCAGAGUAUACAUUUGCUAUUGCUAAUGAAGAUGAUUAUGCUUCUGAAUUAAAAGACCUUGGAUUAAAUGAAAGUGGAGAAGAAGUGAACGUAGCAAUUCUAGACACAAGUGGUAAAAAAUAUGCAAAGGAUCCUGAAGAAUUUGAUUCUGAUUCCCUUAGGGACUUUGUGUUGGCUUUUAAGAAAGGUAAACUUACUCCGGUGCUAGCCUUGUUAUGCUCACAAGGCAUUGCUAUAGAGGGAUACUCGGAUGAUCUCCUACUGAAAGAACAUUAA